AUCUUAAGUAGAAUUUUUAAUAAACCAGUAGAAUUAGAAUUAAUUCGACUAUAUCGGCCUUAUUUUGAUAGUAAUAUUUUAGUUAAUACUAUUGGCUUAAUUAGUAAUAAAAUUAAAUUUAGAAAAAUUUUAAAAAAAUUAUUUAGAAAAGCUACAAUUAGAAAUAAUAAAAAAACUAAUAAUUUAUUACCUUCCUUCUUAUCUGGAAUACAAAUAAGAGUAGCUGGUCGACUAUUAACAAACAGAGUUAUACCUCGAAUGACAGUAAAAAAUUAUCAAAAAGGUAGAUUAGCUAGAAGUAAAGCUACUUUAGUAGAUACUUCUCGAUUUACUAGAAAAAAUAAGAGAGGUACAUUUAGUAUUACUGUU